UUCUUGAAUCGGCGCUUUAUUCACAUGUAAGCUCCUACUUUGGUGCGACGUUUUUUCAAAAUUUCAAAGAAACUCGUGCUCUGGAAGUGAUAGAAAUAUGGAGAAAGUUCUCCUGUUAUUAGAUGUAGAUGACAAUGACUCAAAUACCUCGGACACCUUGGGGUUCGAGCCGCUCAUCAACCGAACGUAUGUGGAUCAUGAAUCCGUUCCUGGCAUCUCGGCCACUGGAGACUACAAAGUCUCCUCACCACACUUUAGCAGGGACUAUGAAAAUGAAACUGUUCGCAUCAAUAUUAUGGGAAUGACCUGCCAGUCAUGUGUUAAUAGUAUACAGGAUACAAUACGAAAAAAAUCCGGGAUUUUAAAUAUAAAAGUAAGCCUGCCGGAGAAUUUGGCCCUAGUAACUUAUGAUCCGAAGCUAACCGAUCCUCAAGAGAUCUGCGAUUGGAUCGAUGAUAUGGGCUUUGAGGCCUCAUUGCCUUUACUCAGCAGCGAACUGAACAGUCCCAAUGAGUGUUUGGUGCACAUUGAUGGCAUGACUUGCAAUAGUUGUGUUCAAAGCAUUGAAGGUAUGCUUUCAACUGUACCAGGCCUCCAACACAUAAAAGUAGAUUUAGAAGGAAAAGAAGCUUUCGUGCAAUAUCUGCCCAAUAGAAUUCAACCGAACGAUAUUGCACGGCAAAUCGAAGAUAUGGGCUUCGAUGCAUAUGUAAAAAGCAUUAACGGCAAAGAUGUUAAAAAGAAAGAUAAUAUUCCGAUGGCUAAUGGGAGUGCCAGUAAAAAUAACACACCUCAAGAUCCAGACGUUAAUUUGGAAAAAUGCUAUAUUCACGUAAAGGGAAUGACUUGUGGGUCUUGUGUGGCUGCUAUCGAAAAACAUGUUAAAAAAAUAUCAGGAUGCCACAAGAUUUUAGUAUCUCUACUAGCAGCCAGAGCUGAGGUACAAUUCGACCCCAGUCUGGUAACGCCGCCCGAAAUCGCUGAGUCUAUCAGCGAGCUGGGAUUUCCUGCAUCGAUUAUGGUUCAGUCCGGCGCUGGACAGUCGGAAGUGGAUCUGGAGAUUAGCGGAAUGACAUGUGCGAGUUGUGUUCAUAAAAUUGAAAGCAAUAUUGUUAAGUAUCCGGGCAUUCUAAGUGCACAAGUCGCCCUCACUGUUCAAAAGGGAAAGUUCAAGUACGAUCCUGAAGUUACCGGACCGAGGAGCAUAAUUGAUGCUAUUCAGAAAUUAGGUUUCAACGCGCGACUGGCGACCAAAGAUCACGACACUGAUCGACUGCAACAGAAAGGUGAAAUUCGAAAAUGGAAGCGAAGCUUUUUUUAUUCUUUGGCGUUUGGCGGGCCCUGCAUGAUCGCUAUGAUGUAUUUUAUGGUCAUAAUGUCUUCCGGAAAUAUGUCCCAUGAGGACAUGUGUUGCGUUGUUCCUGGUUUAUCCCUGGAAAAUUUGAUAAUGUUCGUCCUGUCCACUCCAGUUCUCAUCCUGGGAGGGCGGCAUUUUAUCGUACAGGCUUAUAAAGCACUUAGGCAUCGCACCACUAACAUGGACGUUUUAAUAGCGAUGGCCACGUCCAUUUCUUAUACGUACUCAGUGCUGGUCGUUUUAGCCGCAAUGAUCAUGCAGCAGAAGACCUCGCCGCAAACGUUCUUUGAUACGCCUCCCAUGCUUCUGGUGUUCAUCAGCUUGGGCAGAUGGUUAGAGCAUAUCGCCAAGGGCAAAACAUCGGAAGCAUUGAGUCGAUUGCUCUCCCUCAAAGCUACAGAUGCCGUAAUCGUCACUCUUGGACUGAAAGGCGAAGUAACUGGUGAGCAAGUGGUCAAUGUUGAUCUGGUGCAGCGAGGAGACUUUUUGAAAGUUGUGCCCGGUGCCAAAGUGCCAGUUGACGGCAAAGUUACACAGGGCCAAUCGAUGUGCGACGAAAGUCUCAUCACUGGGGAAAGCAUGCCGGUUCCAAAGAAAAUAGGAAGCUCUGUGAUCGGCGGUUCGAUAAACCAGCAUGGAUUGUUGAUCGUAGAAGCGACUCAUACGGGGGAAGCGACCACGUUGUCUCAAAUCGUAAAAUUGGUCGAAGAAGCCCAAACUUCCAAAGCUCCGAUUCAGCAUUUAGCGGAUAAAAUUGCUGGGUGAGUAAAUUCGAUGGGU